AUGUUCUCGGCGGCGCUGAGGAUAGUCGAUGGGGUGAAGGAGGAGGUUUUCUUUCGGAGCAUUGGCACCACGCUCAUGCUGGUGGCGAUCAGCGUCGACAACAGCUCGCCGGCAUUCUCCUUGCCGAAUUUGUUCUCCAAAAAGGUCUUGGGUUCCGUGACCGCCUCGUAUAGCACGGUCCAACCCCUGGCCGCGAGCGGACCGACGACGGGGAUCAUACCCACGCCCAGCACCGCCACGUCGUUGAUGAGCUUGGAGGCGGACGGCCACGCCCCCUUCGCCUUCCCGUGUUGGAGCAAGGUGGGCCUGAGACAGCAGCUGGGCCCGGUCGACGGCCUCGUUCGACGAGCUCAUGUUGCGUUUGCGGACCGACCCCGGCCAGAUCGUCUCAUCCUUCAGGCCGGGGCCCGUGGCGUAGUUGGUCGGCUGCUGCGCGCAGUCUGCGUAUAG